GGAGCGGCGCCUCGGGCUGGGACUGCGGAGGGCUGCGGCGGGGUCUUGGCCGCGAUCCUUGCCUAAGCGCUCGGUCUUCUCUCCCUUCGGGUCCCACGCCCAGCUCGGCCAUGAACCGGUGCAUCGAGGCGGCGGCGGUGGCGGCCACCGUGCCGGGCGCGGGCGUCGGGGCCGCGGAGCAGCGGCCGCCGAUGGUGCCUCGCCAGGCGUCCUUCUUCCCGCCGCCCGUGCCCAACCCCUUCGUACAGCAGACGCAGCUCAGCACCGCCCGGCGGGUGCAGAUUUUCCUUCUUGGAAUUAUCCUGCUUCCACUUCGGGCCUUUUUUAUUGUAUUGUUUCUCUUACUGUUGUGGCCAUUGGCUGCGAUCUUCACAGCUUGCUGUCCUGAGAAGCCAACUUACCCAGUGACUGAUUGGAGGAGGACGGUCAUUCAUUGGGCUUUGAAGCACCUGGGCCACGCACUCAUCUUCUCCAUGGGCCUCAUAGUGUCUGUGAAAGGAAAGAUGGCCAGCGUGUUGGAAGCACCCAUUUUGGUCGCGGCCCCUCAUUCGACCUUCUUUGAUGGGAUCACCUGUGUUCAGUGUGGGCUGCCCUCGCUGGUGUCUCGAAAAGAAAACGCACAGCUCCCUCUGGUCGGCGCUCUCUUACGGACCACACAGCCGGUGUUGGUGUCCCGGAUGGAUCCGGAUUCCCGAAAGAACACAAUAAAUGAAAUAGUCAAGCGAGCGACCUCCGGAGGGGAAUGGCCCCAGAUACUAGUUUUCCCAGAGGGUACUUGUACUAAUCGUUCCUGUUUGAUUACUUUUAAACCAGGAGCCUUCAUCCCCGGGGUCCCCGUGCAGCCCAUCCUCCUCAGAUACCCCAACAAGCUGGACACGGUGACCUGGACGUGGCAAGGGUAUACGUUCAUCCAGCUUUGUGUGCUAACUCUCUGCCAGCCCUUCACAAAGAUGGAACUGGAGUUUUUGCCUGUUCAAGUACCAAAUGAUGCAGAAAAAAGUGAUCCUGUCCUUUUUGCCAAUAGAGUCCGGAAUUUAAUGGCAGAAUCUCUGGGAAUACCAGUGACAGAUCAUACCUACGAAGACUGCAGGUUGAUGAUUUCGGCCGGAAAGCUGACAUUGCCCAUGGAAGCUGGGUUGGUGGAAUUUACUAAAAUUAGCCAGAAAUUAAAAUUAGAUUGGGAUGGCAUUCAUAAGCAUCUGGAUGAAUAUGCAUCUAUUGCACGUUCCUCAAAAGGUGGAAGAAUUGGGAUUGAAGAGUUUGGAUAUUUAAAAUUACCUGUUUCUGAUGUCUUGAGACAACUUUUCGCCCUCUUUGACAGGAACCACGAUGGCUCGAUUGACUUCAGAGAGUACGUGAUUGGCCUGGCCGUCUUGUGCCACCCGGCCAACACAGAGGAGAUCAUCCAGGUGGCAUUUAAGCUUUUUGAUAUUGACGAGGAUGGCUAUAUAACAGAGGAAGAGUUUUCCACCAUUCUGCAGGCUUCUCUUGGGCUGCCCAACCUCGAUGUUUCUGGGCUCUUCAAGGAGAUUGCCCAAGGAGACUCUGUCUCCUAUGAGGAAUUCAAACGUUUUGCCUUGAGACAUCCAGAAUAUGCUAAGAUAUUUACAACAUACUUAGACCUCCAGACUUGCCAUGUGUAUUCCUUGCCAAAUAAAGUCCAGACAACUCCCUCGGUUGCAAGUAACAAAGUCAGUCCUGAAAAUCACGAAGAUAGCACCUCGGACAAAAAAGACGACUGAAAGCAGUGUUCCCACGGAGAAAGCACAGUGGCUUUUACCAAGAUUAUAAAAGCACUUAUUGAUAGUAUUUUAAAUGUGCAUGUGAGUAAUGAUUUUUUAAAUGGGAAGCUUUUUUAUAAAAAUAAGACUUUCUUACUAAAAUUGCUUUUGUUAACCGGGCUAGAUGAAGUAAUAGUCCUUUUCUUUUAUAUUAUAUGAUGCUUUACUGGUUUGUUUUCCAGUGGUAAAUACUGCAUAUUUUUAUGGAUUUUCUAGUUUAAUCAGCAUAACCAAACGAAUACACUGGCCUUACUAGUUAUUGGUCAGCAAUAAUCAACACUGGAAAGAGCUUUAAAAUUACACUGUUUUAUCAACUUUCCUCUAAAAACCAGAAAUAUUAUGUUUUCUCUAAUUCCUUCCCUUUCCGAAAAUAAGAAGAGUCUGAGAAGCUUUGCAAAAUUUUAUAUCUUUCAGCUUCACAGAUUCAUUUUUCCAUCUAAAUUUCAUUUCUUGGAUCACUGACUAUGGGAAGGUAGGGCUCCCUUAACUAGACACAACUUCUUAAGAACUCAUUUUCUCUUUACCAUGCAUCUCUGUUGCAGAUUUCCUUAAACCCACUGUUAAGGAAAUCAUAUCUUUUUACAUGAUCUACACGGCUAGGACUUUGUUUUAAAGCUGACUGCUAUGUCCAGGGGCUAAGUGGGAAUUGCCUUAUUGAAGGUAACAUUGAUUGCCUAAUGAGAAAAUGAAUUGUUUGUCACAGAGUUGAAUUUAAUUUGGAUUGGAUGGUUCAGAAGGUAACACUUGUCUGAUAAAUAAAUCAGAUUUGUUCUAUUUAUGUGAUGGUAGAAUUAAUAUAUUUUAUCAUCCAAGAGGGAGUUUUAUUUUGUUAAGUGUCUUCUCAAAUUUUAGAGCUUGUCUGAAAUAUCUACAUGGAAAGCAUGAAGCUUCCAAAGUGUCACUGAAAGCCAGAGAAUUGAAAAACCUACUUUAUUAAUGCAAAACCACAAUUUAUGCCCCAGGCAAGAAUCCAACAGUAACAUUUCUUCUCCAGGUUAAGCAACAAUUUCCCUGAAGUGCCAUUUUAUUAGGUCUCAUGCAUGCAUAUUGCUAAUAUCACUUAUGUUUGAGAUUUUGAACAAAGAACCAAUUUAUUAAAAUAAUGUACAAAAUAGUUCAGUCCUAUUCUGAAUUCAGUCUUUGAAAUCAAACUCUUUGUUUUGGCUAUGUUUCAGAAUGUAGUAAUGAUUCACCCCCAAACUAUUUUUUAAAAGUCAUUUUUGAAGCUGAGAAGUCUCAUGAGAGUAUCAGAGAUUAUAUUUAACCAAGUAUCAUGAUUUUAAACUAGUUUUUACAUAUUAAGUAGUUAGUUUUCUAAUUUGAUAGGUAAAUAUGUAUUUGGAUAAUUGAAUACCAGAAAACUUCAUGCAUAAAUAUAUGUAAUUGUAUGUCUUAAAGCAUUUAGAAAGGUGUUAAGGUAAGUGGAAACAAUUGCUUAAGUAAAUUACUGAAUAAUAUUAAUAGCGUCUGUCAUGUGUGGUGAAUUUAUGUAAUACUCAGGUACCAUGAUAUUUUAUCAUGGAAAAAACAUAACUUUAUUAAUCAUUAAAGAACAGCAUUGCAAAUUAAAGACUUUCUUUCUGUAAGGCACUUAAAAAUGAUCCUGUCAUCUUUCUGUUUUAAAAUAAUGGUCUAUGCCCAUUACUUGCACUUUUGUGAAUGUAAUGUUACUAUUUUAUGAUCAUGUUGCUGAAUAAACAAACUUACCAC